CCGGCGGGCGCUCGCUCCCUCCCUGCCCCCUCCCGCCAUGGUGGCCACCGAGGGGCUGCGCGAGAUGGAGGGCAGCGCGCUGCGCCGGCUCGUGGGCCGCGACGAGGCCGGGACCGGCGGCGCCGCGCGGUGCCUGGUGCUGGACUGCCGCCCCUUCCUGGCGCACAGCGCCGGGCACAUCCGCGGGGCGCUCAACGUGCGCUGCAACACGAUCGUGCGGCGGCGGGCCAAGGGCGCCGUGAGCCUGGAGCAGAUCCUGCCGGCCGAGGGCGAGGUGCGGGCGCGGCUGCGGGCCGGGCUCUACGCCGCCGUCGUGGUGUACGACGAGCGCAGCCCGCGCGCCGAGGCCCUGCGCGAGGACAGCACCGUGGCGCUCGUGGUGCGCGCGCUCCGUCGCGACACGGCGCGCGCCGACAUCCGCCUCCUGGCAGGGGGCUAUGAGCGCUUCUCCUCGGAGUACCCCGAAUUCUGCGCAAAAACCAAGUCUCUGAGCAAUGUGUCACCCCCCCCCAGCGCUGAGCCCCUGGAUCUGGGCUGCAGUUCCUGUGGGACCCCCUUCCAUGACCAGGGUGGGCCUGUGGAGAUCCUUCCCUUCCUCUACCUUGGCAGCGCCUACCACGCAGCCCGGCGGGACAUGCUGGAUGCACUGGGCAUCACAGCCCUGCUGAACGUCUCCUCAGACUGCCCCAACCACUUCGAGGGGCACUACCAGUACAAGUGCAUCCCUGUGGAGGACAACCACAAAGCUGACAUCAGCUCCUGGUUCAUGGAGGCAAUUGAGUUCAUCGACUCAGUGAAGGAGUGCUGUGGCCGUGUCCUGGUGCACUGCCAGGCUGGCAUCUCCCGCUCGGCCACCAUCUGCUUGGCGUACCUGAUGAUGAAGAAGCGUGUCAAACUAGAGGAGGCCUUCGAGUUUGUCAAGCAGCGCCGGAGCAUCAUCUCCCCCAACUUCAGCUUCAUGGGGCAGCUGCUGCAGUUCGAGUCGCAGGUGUUGGCCACUUCGUACGCGGUGGAGGCCGUCAGCCCCUCGGGGACGCUGCGGGAGCGGGGCAAGGCCACCUCCACCCCCACCUCGCAGUUUGUCUUCAGCUUCCCGGUGUCUGUCGGUGUCCAUGCCACCCCCAGCAGCCUGCCCUACCUGCACAGCCCCAUCACCACGUCGCCCAGCUGUUAGCUCAGGGCCAGGCCAGCCGGGCGGCAGUGCCGGGCGUGCAGGGGCGCCGAGCCCCGUGAUGUUAAGCAAUAGUGCCGGACACUGCCCUUCACCCUGGACUCGCCAUCUUUUUCGUAGAGAAAUUUCUUACCUCAUCUUGGUUUGUUUGCUUUUUAUUGUUAUGUUUUAAAAGCACGAAGUUGUAAAAGCCACAAACCUUGACAUUGUCCAGGCUCUUUGGGGGAGGAACAAAAUAGUAUACUGGGUUUCCUCAAGUGCCUGGUCUUCACGUGUUUCCAUCCCCAUUUUACUGUCUUGUUUUUUACACCUCCCCUUCUCCCCAUGUUUCUGGUCCCAGCUCAUCUAGGUUGACAAGGGAGCGUUCCCUGUUUUUAUUGUGCAGCAGCCUUCCCUCUUGCAGAGACACCUUGGUGUGUGUGGUGGGUGCUGCUUACCUGAGCCAGGUACACUUUGGACAAGCAGAGCUGCAGGCAGGGCCUUGGGGCGAGCAGGAGUGGUGGCACAGGGCUGCCUGCACUCAACCUCAGCCCUGCCAGUGGCUGGGGAGAUGAGGCAGGAGCUGGCAGGCACCUGCCAAAUCACCAGCUGAGCCUAUUCCAGGGGAAGAGUAAUCUUUGUGGUUGGGAAGUGGUUUGGAGGGAGAGAUGUAGUCUUAAAUGCCUCUUUUCUUGCCCCUGUGGAUCACUGGUUUCUAGAAAACUUAGGUCCAAUCUCCUGUGGCUUUAAGAUGAGAAAGAAGGGGUUGGGGCAGCAGUCUGGGCUGCUUUUGAUUACUCUGUUCAGUUUCCUCUUCACCGGUCCCACUGCUGCUCUUCUUCCAAAAGUAGCAGGAAGGGACAUGGGUGGGCCAUAAUGGAAGAGAGAAGCUGUGGGGUGGAGGACAGGCUGGCCCAGAGGUGUCAUUUAUCCACCAUUUUCAAGCUUCUCCCACCUCAUGACCAGCCCUUUUCCUGUGCUGAGUCUUGUUCACCUGUGCAACAUUUCUGCAGCUUUUGGCCCAAGCCUUGAAAAUGCCUCAUCUUCAACCCACCUGGAGCCUUAUUUCCCACCCUACCUCUGUCCUUCCCUCCAGCCCAGUCCAACACACAAGAUGCCUGUGUGGCUGAUGUACAUAUGUAUGGUUUUGUUCCUUUUUUUUUUUUUCUAGAAAUUAACUUUUUAUUUAUUGCCUGAGGGAGGGAGAAAACAUUGUUUGGAGAAAAUAAAAAUAAAACUGUUUUCAACAGUU